ACUUUGACGUUUGACGUUUCUUCAAUUUCUGGGUACCUAUCCGAUUUUUCUUGUGUAAUUCCAAUAAAGUCUUGUAAAAUGUGUUAAAAACUUUAAAAUUGCCUUCCCUGUAUCUUUUUAAAGUCUUCAUUUGCUAUCAUUACAGUGCUUUAAUAUUAUAUUUCACGUUAAGGGAACCGUUUACUUACUUGAAAUAUACUCAGUGAAGAAAAAAGCCUAUGAAGCAAAGAGUCACAGUUUUUUCCAAGAUGAUAUUCCAACUAGUAAGGGGUCUACAUACUGGGCCGAUCUGCAGAGCGGCUGAGAGCUCCCUGUUAGCUAAGCUCAGGAAGAAGACCGGCUACACCAUUGCUAAUUGCAAGAAGGCCUUGGAAAUGCAUAACAAUGAUUCUGAUAAGGCUGAAACAUGGUUGAAUGAGCAAGCCCAAGCCAUGGGCUGGGCCAAAGCCACCAAGCUGGCGGGUCGCACAGCCCUGCAGGGCCUAGUUGCUGUAAAGUUUGACCAGUCCCACGGAGCCCUGGUCGAGCUCAACUGUGAAACUGACUUUGUCGCCAAAAAUGACAAGUUUCAGCAAAUGAUUGAAGAUGCAGCUAAUGCAUGUUACAAGUUUGCCCACAACAACAUGAAGGCUAAAGGACCUGUCACGAAGAUGGAGCUAGACAGUGAGCAAUUGGCCAACCUGACACUAGAUGGCGGUAAGAAGCUAUCUGAGGUCCUGGCUCUGUUCAUCGGCACAGUGGGCGAAAACGCCGUUCUGCGUCGCGCGGAGUGCUGGCGCGCCAACGAGGCGGGCGUGCGCGUGGCCGGCUACACGCACCCCGCGCCCGCCGCGCCCAAAGACUACUCCGCCGGAAAGUACGGAGCCCUGCUCGCCUACAGACAACCCGACGACGCGGAAGACAUCGGCAAACAAAUCUGCCAACACAUCGUAGGCUGCGCCCCGGCCAAAAUAGGCGACCCCGAAACAGACAAACCAGCCAAAAACUCCGACGACGAAACCUGCCUCAUCUACCAGGAGUACCUGCUCGACCCCUCCUUCACUGUGCAGGAAGUACUUAAAGAACACAAAGCGGAAGUUCUGGACUACGUGAGGUUCUCGUGCGGCGAAGCCGUCGAAGAAAACAUGCCCGGUGUAGAAAAGCAACCUCUGGACACAGUGCAAACGUUGCAGUAGAUAUUUUUAUUAUGUUUGGUAUAGAAUACCUACAUUGUUAUGAAUUUUUGUGAUUGGUUUUGUUGAGUGUAGCCAAGUCAUACUGUAAUUUUUAAUUGCAUUUAAGAAAUAAAUCUAGUUAAAUAUU